GCUGGUGCUUGUGUUCACAAUUUGCCCUGUCGAUUUUGAUAGUUUUAAUUUUUAUUCGUCAAGUUUGUCAUUUUCAAUCGAUUUAUCAAUUAGAUUUAUUAUACUUAGUUCAGCAUUAGUCCUACUUUAGCCUAUUAUGGCAUUAUUCAUUUAUAUUUGCCAUUUUUUCUGCUGGUGGGUUCAUUGUUUCACAGUUGGUACACUUCCUUGUAGGCCUGCUUCCUACCUGCUCGUCUCGAUGGAAUGGCCAAAAGAAAGUGUAUUUCCAAGUUUCAAGUUUAUCCCUUUUUAUCUAAAAGUGACAAAUUCGCAUGAAAAUGUGUCUCAUCGAUUCAUAAAUAUCUAUUCUCGAUGUGGUAUUCUAGUUUUCAACGUUCAUCAUUAUUUGUGUCAAAAAACUUGUAAGUAACUGAACGACAUUACUCGCACGCAAUGUGCUUUGUCCCACAACUUCGAAUUUCGACAUUUAUCAAAUUUGUGCUUCUAAUUCUGAAGAACUGUUGAUCCAACAACGAUAAUAUCCAGAAUGAACUAUUUUUACUAGAAGAAGGCUCAGAAGAACUUUAUUUUCUGUAUUCAAUUCUAGCUGUGUCCAAUGAUACAUGUUAGGUUAUUUGUUUCAUCAUGAACUUUAUUUGCAAUCUCUCACUUGCAAGAACAUUUUUGUCAGCACCUGACAAUUUUCAAUCAUCAAGAAAAUAUAUAGUUCCAUCACACUCAAUGCAUUAAAAACAUUAUUUAUGCAUCAGACAUUUCUGCAUUGAACUAGUUACUAAGCAAGGUUACAAUUUAUCCUGCAUCUAGGAUUUGAAGAAGCUUGUCCAUGACAAUUCUUCUUGGAAUUACAUCAACCCUUGUAAUUUCCUCUCAUCAUUUGAAAUCUACACCAUUGUGAUUUCUUUUCUCAGUGACUAUUGCGCACUAUUUUGGCCACCAGUUGCCACCUCAUUGUAACCUAGAACUGUUCAUGUUUGAAAUUGCUUUAUUGGGUCGCGGCUAUCAAUCUACUUGUAUGCUGCUAAGUUACAUUGCGCCUGCCGUGUGUACACCUUCAUUGAACUAUCAUCAUCACCAUUGUGGUUUAUCAGAAUUUUUGUGUGCUUCGUUCAUAUCACCACAACAAUUUACAUUUGUGAUCUAUUCACUUGCCUGGAGUUACUAGUUUUCUCUAACAACAUCUUGUCCAUGCACAAGCCUACGCAUUAUCGCGCAACACCUGCCGUGAUGACAUCUGUAAUCAUCAUCCUACCGACUUGGAUUCAAUUCUAUCUCCAUCUGUAACAAACCUACUGAGUUGUAACGCUUAGUACAGCGCCCUUGUUACCAUCAUUGCCUGCUGCUGGUCACACUUGGAGUGGAUUCAACUUCUGCACGGCUCCCUGCCGUCUCACUGCCGGUCUUCUGAAGAUUCAGCGCAGUUCGCCGCCGACGCCGCCCUGGUACUUGGUUCCACGGCUCCCUGCCGUCCUGUUGCCGGUUCUGUCCGGGUAUCUGGUCCAAUUUGACGCCGACGCCUACCUGGUGUCCAGCCCAUGGGCAUCGCAGACCUUCCAGAAAUCCUACUGGUUUUCUUUAAGCCAGCUGGUGAAGACAUCUAACCUCUUAGUUAAGUAUUUUGUUCUGUGCUUCUGUGCACUUACCGAUUCAUUGUUCAACCAUUUUCAUUUACAUUUGUUUUUAGAAACAUUUAUAAAUUACAUUUUUUAUAUUUACUUUUUGAGGUCGUAUAUUUAAAGUUAGACCUUUCCGCGGUCCCAAUUAUUCGUCGCGGUCCCUUUUCAAUUUCUCUUGUCUUGUGGAAAACUUUCAAUAUUUGUUUGUUUAUGCAACAGCUGGAUUUUCAUUAAUUACAUGAUUUUUGUGACUAGGAGUUCUACAAUAAAUUCAAAACAUUGUAUUUUGAAGAUUCUGAAUUCUCUUUUUAUUUGUCAACAUAAUUGUCCAACUGUGUGGACCCACCAUUGUAUGUACAUGCUUUACUAUUCUAAGGUAAUAAAACAAACCAAAUUACACUUUUUAGAAGGUCUAUUACGUAUUCAUGAUCAUUAUAAUAUUCUUUAUGAUUCUAAUCCUUGUAUGUCAUUUAGCCUACCUGUUCCAAGAUGGUACUAUAGCCUACCUGUUCCAAGAUGGUACUAUAAAUUCAUAUAUUCAAUUUCAACUACAGCUGAUCAAUAACUCUCUUAAAUAUCAUUCCUUUUUUGCUUACCAGAGUCUUUUAUGAGGACAGUUUGGGUGGUCUCAUUGAGAGUUGCAAUUCAGAUCUUGACGACUCUUAAUGUCACAAUCAUUGCAGUCCGCUUAGAAGAUUGGAGGUUACGCUUCAAUUUCACCCAAAUUACUCAUAAAGGUGGUCCUCCUCAGCCGGAUCUUGGCCUGCGGCCAUCUUGGUUCAAAUUCCGUUUGUUUUUUACGACCUCUAUAACUUACACUUACCGUCGACCGCGAAAAUUCCAACCUUCGGUUGCGUUUUUUGUAAAUUCGCACUUGCAUACACAUUUCUUGUAUAGCAUAGUGCACGACCAUUGUAGUGCUUAUACUAAUUCACUGUGAGUCAUUUUUAGUUAUUGGGCAACCCCUCCAGGACACGCUGUGUUCGUGUCGGGUACAACCUGCUCUAAUUCCUGGGACUGUGAACUGGCUGCGGACUACUCGCUCGGCUGCGCGCAGGGCUUACUCGUUGCCACUGACUCAAGCUUGAACGUAACACAGCGCACUGACCGACCGAAGAGGACGCACGCCGGUGAUGCCCAGACAUAUUUUUCUAGGUUUGAUGCCAAUACUUUACGUGAUUGGGAGCGGUCAAACUCCGUUAAGGACAAGACUUCCUUAGACAACCUCUGGACCUUUAUGGAGCAACAGCACAAGGUUUCCCAAUAUGUCUCCUUUGGUCUCGGCAGUCAUGCGCAAUCUGCGCAACGACUGGUCAACAACCAGUCUGGCAAUGGUAAGCCUAGUCAUAAUUCAAUUAACAAUAAUUCUCGUCCCAGCACGUCCUCAACUUUUGUCAAGUAUUCUGGAUGCUUGUUUUGCAAUGACACCAAUCAUAAUGUCUUUCGUUGCAAUACAUUUCUCAAUAUGGCGCCUACAGCUCGUCUAAACGCUGUACAGCAAAAGAAUCUCUGUAGAAACUGUCUUCGACCUUUCAGUAAGGAUCACCAAUGUUUUGGUGCUUGCAGAGAUUGUGGCAAGGCCCAUCACUCAUUAUUGCAUUUCAAUAAUAGUAAAUCUUCCCCAACUGUAGGGAAAAAUACUUCUUCAAAUAAUGCUCACACUCGUAAACCAAAUCGUCAGCAGGCUUCUAAGUCCUCAUCGAAUUGUUGUUGUUCUGAGUCAAAGCAGUCUGACAUACCUAGCCCAGCUGUGUUCACACCUAGCUUGACUCGUCCAGUCAGUCAAGCAUCAUCAAUUUCAGUGUCUGACACUUCGAGUGUCACAACUGUUGUCACUCCGACCUCGUCGACAAGUUCACAAGCCAUCAGCAAUUCAAACUGUGCGCAUUCAAACUCACCUAGCUUGUUACAACGAGUUAACAUCAUGCCCACAGCGCAAUUGCAUAUUUUGAGUAAAAAUAAUCAAGUUAUUUCAUGUCGCGCACUGCUUGAUACCGGUAGUGAUGCUUGCUUCAUUUCCAAGGCUCUUGCUUCUCAAUUGGACCUUGACUCUGUGUAUUCUAAUAAUACCAUUCACACUGUGUCUGGUACCAGUUCAGCACCUGUGUGUACUGCUGCUGUUCUCAUACAUUCUCCUGACCGAACGUGGUCGAAGGAAGUCAGUUGCAUAUUAACUGAGAAAAUUACCCCUAGCAUUCCUCCAUUUGGGCUCAACUUACAAAACUUCAAUAUUCCACCCAAUGUUAAGUUAGCUGACCCUGAAUUUCAUGUUUCUAAGGGAGUCGACCUGCUUCUCAGUGUUGCUAUCUAUUCUUCUAUCCAAGCUUGUGGUCAAAUUCAGUUAGCUGAUGAAUGCACUCUUCAAAAUACCAAACUGGGUUGGGUUGUUUGGGGAGCUAUCACGCCUAACAUUCUCAAUUCAUGCGAGCAACCCGUUAGCUCAAAUUGUGUGUCAACUCAUGACAUUUCCAGACAAUUAGAGAAGUUUUGGAAAAUUGAGGAAGUCCUUCCCAAAGAUAGCGUAACUAAGGAGCAGCAUCAAAUUGAAAAACACUAUCUUGAUAAUGUACAACGUGGACAAGACGGCCGCUUCUCGGUUGCACUACCUAAAAAAGAUAAUUUCGAUUUAUUGGGUCAAUCUCGUCAUCAAGCACUUGUGCGUUUUCAUUCUUUGGAAAAAAGACUUGCUACUAAUGCUGAAUUGCGUUCUCAAUACGUAGCCUUUAUGGACGAGUAUGAAUCUCUUGGUCAUAUGUCUCCUGUACCUGACAGUCAGCCUUAUGAAAAAUGUUUUCAUAUACCACACCACCCAGUUUUCAAGCCCGACUCGACAACUACAAAAUUGCGCGUAGUUUUCGACGCCUCUGCUAAAUCUAAUACAGGCAUUUCUUUAAAUGAAGCCCUUCAUGUAGGUCACACCGUUCAACCUGAACUGUUCGAUAUAGUUUUGCGUUUUCGCACCCACCGCGUUGCUUUCAUUGCUGACAUUACUAAAAUGUACAGGCAGAUUUUGGUACAUCCCGAGGAUCGAAAUUUGCAGAGAAUUUUUUGGCGAUCUAAUGUUAAUGAUCCAAUUCAGGAGUAUGUGUUGAACACCGUCAGUUACGGUACUUCUCCUGCCGCAUUUCUAGCCACUCGUACGCUGAAUCAUUUAGCUGAUAUAGAUUGCGAACCGAAUUCACCAGUUGCCAAUGCCAUUAAAAAUGAUUUUUAUGUGGAUGACUUUAUAAGUGGUUGUUCUACUGUUGAACAGGCAAUUGACUUAUUGCGUCAAAUUCGUGACACUCUGUCCAAUGGAGGUUUUGAACUCCGCAAAUGGUUGUCAAAUUCAAAUGAAGUACUCAACAGCAUUCCUGAACACCUUGUUGAAACUGUAUCAUCCAAACCCCUUUCUGAUUCAAAUGACAGUAUAGUUAAGGCGUUAGGAUUAAUCUGGAACUCAACCUCAGACGUUCUAAUUAUUUCAUCCAGUGUAGCUGAUGUAAUCCACAAAACCGCAUUCACAAAGAGAGAAUUACUCUCAUGUAUUGCUAGUAUUUUCGACCCUCUUGGUCUCAUUUCUCCGGUAGUAAUUCUGCCUAAAAUGCUAUUUCAAAAAUUAUGGCCAUUGAAACUUGAUUGGGACCAAAAAUUACCACCUGAUUUGUUAGCUGACUGGUUAGCUAUUUUGCAAGAGCUUCCUAAUAUUUCAAAUAUUACAAUUCCGCGCUGCAUUCUCGCCCCUGAGCCAGAUGCUAUCCUUGAAUUACACGCUUUUGCUGAUGCAAGUGUCACCGCUUAUGGUGUCUGCAUCUAUGUUCGGAGUACAACUUCACAAGGAGUGCACGUUUGCCUCCUCACUGCGAAAUCAAAAUUAGCGUCACUCAGACCACUUUUGACAAUUCCUAGAUUGGAAUUACAGGCUGCAUUGUUAGCUUCCCGCUUAGUCAAUAAAAUAAUUUCCGCAUCUAGAAUUUCAUUCUCAGGAGUCUUUCUGUGGACUGACUCAAAGAUUGUCUGUGACUGGCUUAAGGCCGUUCCGAACCGAUCUGACGUAUUUGUCUCGGUCAGAAUUUCUGAAAUUCAGAAUACUACAGCUGAUUUCAGUUGGAAUCAUGUUAAAACCGAUCAGAACCCCGCAGAUCUCGUCUCUAGAGGCUGCUCACCAAAUCUUUUGAUUACUAGCACUCUUUGGUGGAACGGACCUACUUGGUUGUCUCAAUCUCCAAGUACAUGGAAUAAAUUUUCAACCAAUUUUUCAACAACCAGAAGCACUGUUUCACUUGCUACAAAAAUUGAUUCUUCACCAGUUUUCAAUGAACUAAUCAAUAAAUUUUCCAAUUAUCAUAAAUUGACUCGUACAACAGCGUAUUUAUUGCGCUAUGUGCACAAUCUUCGAAAUUGUAAAUUUCCCGAAUUAUUGCGCAAGGGUGAAUUAUCUAUUGAGGAGAUUAAACAAGCUGAGCUUAAGCUCAUUCAUCAUGUGCAAAUUGAAGCCUUUCAUCAGGACAUAUGUCAAUUGAAGGCCAACAAACCAUUGCUGCCUAACAGCCGAAUCAGAAGUCUUACCCCAUUCAUUCAUUCUGACUCCCUCCUUCGUGUUGGCGGACGACUUCAAGAGUCAAAAAUGUCAUUUGAUUUUAAACAUCAAAUUUUGCUUCCAGCUAAGCACAAACUCACUCGGUCUCUUAUCAAUUCUUGUCAUAGACGUUUGCUUCACGCUGGUGUUCAAUCCACAAUGGCCAGCAUUCGCCAAAAAUUUUGGAUUUUAUCCACUCGUCGUACCGUGAAAAGUGUACUCAAGGCCUGUAUCACAUGUUUUCGCUUCUCUAGUUCCCGUACUGAACAAAUUAUGGGCAAUUUACCUGCUGUGCGCAUUCAAACCGAAUUUCCAUUUUAUAAUUCGGGUAUUGACUAUGCUGGACCAUUCAAUUUGAGAUUAGGUACUACUAAGUCACGUACUUACUCUAAAGCGUAUCUUGCUGUCUUCGUAUGUAUGGCAACUCGCGCUGUGCAUGUUGAAGUUGUCUCUGAGUUAUCAACUAAAAGAUUCAUUGAUGCACUUAUUCGAUUCACUGCACGUCGUGGUAUACCGUUUUCAAUUUCUUCCGAUAAUGCCACUACCUUCGUAGGCGCUAACAAUGAAUUGAAAGAACUCUGCAAUUUCUUUGCGAAUGAACGAUCACAGUCUGAAAUUCAAAAUUUUGCGACAUUGUUUAACAUUUCAUGGCGUUUUAUCCCUCCACGAGCACCUCACUUCGGUGGAUUGUGGGAGAAUGCGAUAAAAAACUUCAAGCGUAUUUUCAAAACUAUUUCAUUCAACAAAAUAUUGGACUAUGAAGAUGCAACAACGUUCUCUGCUCAAGUGGAAGCGAUUUUGAAUUCCAGGCCUCUUAUCCCUCUUUCUGAGGACCCUGAAGACCUGCAAUAUAUUUCUCCCGGACAUUUUCUUAUUGGAAGGCCCAUUACUGCACUUCCAUUUCCGCUACCUGAGACAACUCAUAUAGAUCAUCGUUCGCGCUGGAAAAAUCUUGCUCUAGCUACGAAAGAGCUCUGGAAAAAAUGGUCAACGGAAUAUCUCGUUACCCUACAAACUAAAGCAAAAUGGACUGAGGAAUCUGAAAAUCUCAAGGUGGACACCAUCGUAUUACUCAAAGAUCCUGGCACUGUUCCUUCUACAUGGCGUUUAGCACGCAUUGUUGAACUACACCCUGGAAAAGACCAGAAGGUGCGCGUUGUUACGGUACUUACGGAAACUGGACUUUUCAAGCGUGCUAUCUCUAGCAUCGCUCCUCUGCCUCAAGAAGAAGAAUUAGAUUAGGUUAGUUAUCACUUAUGUCUUAUUUGCAUAUUCUCAAUUAUAUUUGUCUUUUUUUUACGUUGGCUUUUACCGAUGGUAUGUUGUCAGAUGCUCAUUUUUUAGCAUUUAUCUGAUUUUUGUAUUGUGUCUAAUCAUCCUUUCAUUCAUUUUUUCGUCCAAUGGCAUGGCGUCGGACGCUAGCAUCGCUCCUUCAUUAUCAUCAAUUUGCAAUAUUGUUAGUUUUUAUUGUCAUAUUCAUAUCUUCCUUCUAUUUGGAAUUUCUUGUAUAUUUAGUAAUUGGUUUAUCUGCGUAUUUCGAUUAAGUCCUUUGAAUUUGUUUCCCAUUAGUGAUUCUGCAUCAUUUUUAAAUAUAUCUGCCAUUUCAGCAGAAAGUGGAUUUUUGUUCGAUCUUGUCUAUUUUUGUCAUUUGACUUGUCUUUUGUCUAGGCACAUUUUCUUGUAGAUACCUUGUAUCAAAUUUGGUUUAUGCCUCCUGCUCCUGUCGUGAGCCUCUCUAAUCACCAGAUUUAACAUAAUUGUUGUUUUUGUUUGCUCACUUUUUUUCUUUUGAGACAUCCUUGAUGCCUCAAGGGGGGACCUUAUGUUAAAUCUGGCAUUUGCAGUCACCACUUGUUUUGGUUGCCGCCUCCUGGAGCGCUGGUGCUUGUGUGUCACCACUUGUUUUGGUUGCUGCCGCUUGGAGCGCUGGUGCUUGUGUUCACAAUUUGCCCUGUCGAUUUUGAUAGUUUUAAUUUUUAUUCGUCAAGUUUGUCAUUUUCAAUCGAUUUAUCAAUUAGAUUUAUUAUACUUAGUUCAGCAUUAGUCCUACUUUAGCCUAUUAUGGCAUUAUUCAUUUAUAUUUGCCAUUUUUUCUGCUGGUGGGUUCAUUGUUUCACAGUUGGUACACUUCCUUGUAGGCCUGCUUCCUACCUGCUCGUCUCGAUGGAAUGGCCAAAAGAAAGUGUAUUUCCAAGUUUCAAGUUUAUCCCUUUUUAUCUAAAAGUGACAAAUUCGCAUGAAAAUGUGUCUCAUCGAUUCAUAAAUAUCUAUUCUCGAUGUGGUAUUCUAGUUUUCAACGUUCAUCAUUAUUUGUGUCAAAAAACUUGUAAGUAACUGAACGACAUUACUCGCACGCAAUGUGCUUUGUCCCACAACUUCGAAUUUCGACAUUUAUCAAAUUUGUGCUUCUAAUUCUGAAGAACUGUUGAUCCAACAACGAUAAUAUCCAGAAUGAACUAUUUUUACUAGAAGAAGGCUCAGAAGAACUUUAUUUUCUGUAUUCAAUUCUAGCUGUGUCCAAUGAUACAUGUUAGGUUAUUUGUUUCAUCAUGAACUUUAUUUGCAAUCUCUCACUUGCAAGAACAUUUUUGUCAGCACCUGACAAUUUUCAAUCAUCAAGAAAAUAUAUAGUUCCAUCACACUCAAUGCAUUAAAAACAUUAUUUAUGCAUCAGACAUUUCUGCAUUGAACUAGUUACUAAGCAAGGUUACAAUUUAUCCUGCAUCUAGGAUUUGAAGAAGCUUGUCCAUGACAAUUCUUCUUGGAAUUACAUCAACCCUUGUAAUUUCCUCUCAUCAUUUGAAAUCUACACCAUUGUGAUUUCUUUUCUCAGUGACUAUUGCGCACUAUUUUGGCCACCAGUUGCCACCUCAUUGUAACCUAGAACUGUUCAUGUUUGAAAUUGCUUUAUUGGGUCGCGGCUAUCAAUCUACUUGUAUGCUGCUAAGUUACAUUGCGCCUGCCGUGUGUACACCUUCAUUGAACUAUCAUCAUCACCAUUGUGGUUUAUCAGAAUUUUUGUGUGCUUCGUUCAUAUCACCACAACAAUUUACAUUUGUGAUCUAUUCACUUGCCUGGAGUUACUAGUUUUCUCUAACAACAUCUUGUCCAUGCACAAGCCUACGCAUUAUCGCGCAACACCUGCCGUGAUGACAUCUGUAAUCAUCAUCCUACCGACUUGGAUUCAAUUCUAUCUCCAUCUGUAACAAACCUACUGAGUUGUAACGCUUAGUACAGCGCCCUUGUUACCAUCAUUGCCUGCUGCUGGUCACACUUGGAGUGGAUUCAACUUCUGCACGGCUCCCUGCCGUCUCACUGCCGGUCUUCUGAAGAUUCAGCGCAGUUCGCCGCCGACGCCGCCCUGGUACUUGGUUCCACGGCUCCCUGCCGUCCUGUUGCCGGUUCUGUCCGGGUAUCUGGUCCAAUUUGACGCCGACGCCUACCUGGUGUCCAGCCCAUGGGCAUCGCAGACCUUCCAGAAAUCCUACUGGUUUUCUUUAAGCCAGCUGGUGAAGACAUCUAACCUCUUAGUUAAGUAUUUUGUUCUGUGCUUCUGUGCACUUACCGAUUCAUUGUUCAACCAUUUUCAUUUACAUUUGUUUUUAGAAACAUUUAUAAAUUACAUUUUUUAUAUUUACUUUUUGAGGUCGUAUAUUUAAAGUUAGACUUUUCCGCGGUCCCAAUUAUUCGUCGCGGUCCCUUUUCAAUUUCUCUUGUCUUGUGGAAAACUUUCAAUAUUUGUUUGUUUAUGCAACAGCUGGAUUUUCAUUAAUUACAUGAUUUUUGUGACUAGGAGUUCUACAAUAAAUUCAAAACAUUGUAUUUUGAAGAUUCUGAAUUCUCUUUUUAUUUGUCAACAUAAUUGUCCAACUGUGUGGACCCACCAUUGUAUGUACAUGCUUUACUAUUCUAAGGUAAUAAAACAAACCAAAUUACACUUUUUAGAAGGUCUAUUACGUAUUCAUGAUCAUUAUAAUAUUCUUUAUGAUUCUAA